AUAAUCUAGGAGUAAUAAAAACGGGAAACACUUACCUGGUAAAAAUGGCGGCAGCUGAUCUUGAACCGUGAUAUGGGAACAGCAGGAGGUUCUUGGAUCUCAUGGGUCUACCCCUUCCAGAGGUCUCAUUCAAGGUCAAGUACCGCAUCAGAAGUGUCGGAGUAUUUCAGUGCAAACGACUGGACACCAGAUCCUAACAGAAAGACUGUUUCUUGGGAUGAAGUUAACUUUGAGAAGGUUAGAGUUUUUAAUGGUUCAGGAGACCAAGUCAAUCUUGUUAAAGUGGUUCCAAGUCCGCCACCUCGGUCCGUUAAGAAGGUGCCACCUCGCCCAAAACCUGAGCUCCAGAAACAGAUCAGAGGAUUUACAAAAUUACCCUUAAAGACAAUUGAACGUAGAAAAAAUUCGAAAAAGAAAUGUCCACCAAAUAUUCGCAAAAAGCACACUCCAGAGAAAUAUUUUAUCGACGAGAUGAAUCGUAUUGAUAAAUUGGUAGAAAGGGAAGCUUACGGAGUGUCUAAAUACAGGGUUAUCCAUCAAAAGACAUCAAGGUUUGAUGUAUCAAACUUACCAUCUGAGAGUGAGAUUAAGGGAGGAACACUAGAUUUCAACCCAAAACUUGGGCCUCUGCUUUCAAAGUACGAGAAUCUUAAAACAAUUUCCCUUGAACUGCAUGACCGGCACACACUGCAAUGUGAGGGACUCCAGAGGACCAGUCCUGUCCAGGAGAUAGCGGAUGAUAUCUGCAAGGAUUUACAGGAUAUGACAUAUGAAAAUGAGAAGGUUGAAGCGAAGAGCAGUCCCCAGGAGGAGAACGAUGUUGAAGUAAAGGUAAACACGGACAGUCCAUAUGAGGUUAAGGAAAUAUCGUUACAAGCUCUACAAGAAGCCGGCAUCAAGCUGAUAAAAGUUGAGCCUGUGUACACCACAAUCAGUGCUCUUCACCUAGGAGAACCCUCUCCGGAGACAACAUACUCACCGGACACAACAGAUUCUCUGGAGACAACAGAUUCUCCGGAUACAACAUAUUCUCCAGAGACAAUAGACUCACUGGAGACAAUAGAUUCACCGUCAGAUAGCGAUAGACCCUCAACUCCUACCACCACCCCACGUGUCACAGUCCCCAUUGCCAUGUCCUUUAAUAGUGAGGACACUGAUAUGUUCGAAGGAAAGACAGUAUCGUUCAGGGACACUACUGGUAAGGGCGAACUUCACUCAGUAUUCUGCUAUUCCGGGUCGGAGGAGUCCCUUGCUUUUGAUGCUUCCACUGUUAUAACGCUGCCGAGAGAAGUUGACGAGCUCUCUGAUAUUGAAAUAGAUUUACCUGACUCAGAGGUUAGGAAUACUGGCUCAGAGAAUAUAAAUCCUGUUUUGGUAAUGACUUCUGAAGAUGUGAUGCUGCAGCUGGAAAAGGAUUUUGUGAACAUUGGAGACACUAUGGAGUUUCUAUUAGACUCAGCUCCUAAAUAUAACGCUCUACCUAGAAGGAUUCGUCAGGACUCUUUAUCACAAACUAGAGAAGAUAUAGUAUCACUUACUAGAACCUGUGAGAUAACAGGUAGUGUCGAGAUUCUUGGCAAUGUUUCAGAAGAAAAAUCAUCGGUUACAGCAGAAGAUCUACUGGUUCAAGAGGAGAAAUUAGGUGUUUUGAGUCAUGAAAUAUCCGAGAAAAGAUCGCCAGUAAAUGUGUCGCCAGUCAAGGAAUCUUCAGGUGAAUCUUUGCUGGAAUUUUCAGCUGCCGUAGAUAGUGCUGCGAUAAACUUUACAGAACUAGACUUACCCCUAAUUGAAAAAGAUACGUCAGAAAAAAUAUCCGAUGCAAUUGUAACCAAAGAAACUUGGCCGAUCCAUCCUGCUAGUGCAAAUGUAAAUCCUGCUGUUUCCAGAAUAAUUCACGAUUCUUCUCAUUCUGAAUCUGAUGGUUUUAACUUUGUGGAAGAUAGUAGUCAACAAGAUACUAAGUCAGAAAUGGACGGUUUAGAAGAGGGGAAGGAAGAUGGUCUAUCAGAAUCAGCAACUGAUGUAAGUUUUCACUAAAAGCAUCGUUAUCAGCAAUAACUUUAAUUUAUUUUCUCAUUAAUAUGUGUCCUGGAAACAUAUCGACUGAAAGUUCUAUUUGAAAGAAGUUGGUGCUUUUAUGUUACUUUUAUGAAAUAGAGUUCAAGCUACGGCCGAGCGUUUAACAGAACGUUUGAGAGAAUGGGCUCUUAUAAAUGUAAAACAUCCAUCAUACAUCAUAGAUUGAUUUGUAAGAGAUUGAUUCUGUCUCAUAUUUUAUUUGAAAUACGUUUACCAGAUAUGUCCCUGGUUUUGAAACUUUGGCCGAAUAAAAUAAGUUUGGUAUAAAUAUUUCUGUUCUGUAAUUCACCUAAAUGCAUAUUAAAAUUAUUCCUCGUAUUGUCUGAACUCUAAACUUUAAUUUCCAUUUAAAUAUCUUAAGCAGAAUUAGCUUGCCAACACUGAAAUAAAUCUUUAUUACUAGAAUAUUCUUAACCGAAGAUUGAAGCUGGAUAUGCCGGGUAAAUUUUCAUAGUCGGUAUAAGAUAUUUGACUGAAAGUGAAAAACGAUCCCCAGUUUGACCUGGUACACCCUUGCGUUGAAAUGAUUACAGGAAGUUGACAUCCAGAUCCUUUCAACAAGUUGAUCAACAGUAGACAGCUCCCCGGAUGGUCGUGCGUUAUUUUAUACACUGAGUCUGAACUGUCUGGUUAACCACAGACAAUUGUGAAGGGAGUAGUGGAGUUGAGUUAAUGGAGUUUACACCCCCGAUGAUCCUUGGGUGCUAGUUUAGUUUAAACACUAUGUAGUCCAGUUUUAGUUUUAUAAAGUGGUCGGUUUGCUAUGUUUGAUGGUUUGGUUUGCUCUGAUCAGAUAAGUCAAUCCCUUUAAUUUUAUUUCAUUUUAUAUUUCAUUUUU